AUGGAACGCAGCCGCGGCGUCUCUGAGGAGGAGCUCUUCCUCAACAAACCCGCCAACAUCGAGGACUGCGAUAGCCCUACUGUUGAGCCCCUGAGGAUAUUCAAACCUCAGAGCCCUACGCCCCAGGCCGAUCGCUUCAAGUAUCCUCCGCCGCCUUCCUCCUCCUCUUCGUCCUCGACGCCCGUCUCGAAACUCUCGUUCCCUUUACCCCCCGGCGCCUCCAGCUCCGCCGCGCCUCUGCCAUACCCGGACGAUGUAGACCUUCAGCCCAGAAAGCAGACGUCGCGGCCCGCCAUUCCCCCGGCCAAACAGUAUGGCUCUGGCUACGUCAAUACUCUCAAUACCUCCGUCUCUCCCCGCCUGAACGCCGCAAGUCCUAUCGACUCCAAGAGCCCUACCCUCGCUGAACGCCGCGGCAACAUUCCCAAGCCACUUUCCGACCCGGCCAGCCCUCAAUCCGACGGCGCCGACGGCUUGUUCGCCAAACCCAUCAGGGGUCCCGGGCCCGGUCCCGGUCCCGAGCAGAAUGUGCAGGCCGCUGCUGCUCCCACACCCCCUACCGCCGCCGCCGCCGCCGUCAAAAAGACAUAUUACCCACCUCCCGGUUCGGGCUCGACCUACCUCCAAAUGCCAAACGAGAACAGCGUCAACCGCUUCUCCUCGACCGCCUCGACUUCCACAACAAGGGCCAACAGAGGAUCUCCCCCUCCUCCCGAGACCCCCAUCGUAGAACCCGGCGUCGUUCCCGGUGGGGGCAUCGAGGCUCGCUAUGCCGCCUCGGGCAUAUCCGGCACCGCCACCCUCACGAGCUUGCAGGCCCAGCAUGCUCGGAACGCUGCAGCUACCCAGCGUCUCGCGCAAUACGCCGGCGCCACCCCGCAACCAGCGCGUCCUUGGACCCCGACCGAGUCCCCCGAUAACCAGCCCCAUGGACCACCCACUGUCUAUCAGGGUGCCAAUCCUAUCACAAGUCCGACCCAACCUACUUUCAGUCCGCCACCACAACAGUCUCAACAGCCACAACAUCCACCACUACAGCCUCUACAACCACAGCCGCAGCCUCAACAACCCGCACCCGCACCCGCCCAGUCCAACAACAACGGCCAUCCUGCUCUCCAGGUGAGCGUCCUGGAGCAGGAUUUCCAGCGCAUGGGCACGAAGACACCCCCGCCUGCUUACUCGAGCGUGAAUCCAGGCCGUAGCAGCGGUGCGCACCCCGCUGAAAAGUCGCGUCCAACCGCGGCGGCUACCACAGCCCCCACUAUCCCGGUGGCUUCUGCACCGGCUGCAACUCAGUCUCCGCCGAAACAAUCCGUUAGCGCAGGGCCCGCGGUAGCGGGGCUCGGGCUCGGGCUCGGGCUCGGGCUGGCCUCUCCCGCGAUACAGCAUCAGGGCCACCCGGCUUUUGCCAACGACCCGAGACCAGAGCAGCAACCAAACGGCCAGCAGGUUGUUCAGGCGGUGCCGCAACAACAGCCGCAGCCCCAGCAUGCUACCGCGGGGCCUUCUUUUCAACAAGGAGCUGCCGGCCCGAGUUCGCCGCCCCCCUUGCCCGAGGGGUGGAUCGCUCACUUGGACCAGAACUCGGGUCAGUACUAUUACAUCCACUUGGCCACCCAGGCGACACAAUGGGAGUUUCCCAAGGGGCCCAAUCCGAUCCAUCACGAAACGGCACCUCUGUCUCCCACUGCCUCGACCUACGGCAACCCUCUCGGGUCGCCAGUCUUCGGCAAACAGCCCAUGGCGUCUCCCAUGUUCUCGCCUCAAACUCCCGGCUAUGCCGAGAGCAUCAUGAGCGUGGCCGCUUCUCACACCACCGCCGCCACCGGCUUCACCGGGCCCCCUCCCAGCGCCGGCGUCGAAAUGUUCAAGAUCCAGCCUACCAACAACGUCUACUUCGGACCUUACCUGCGGUACGGCAACAUGGACCUGGAAAGGGGCAUGUGGCUGGGAAGCAUCCUGAUCGUCACCGACGCCCUGCAACCUCCUACCAUCCACAUCCAUCUCAGCGUCGACCUCUCUCCGAACCCGCGACAGCUCACACCCCACAGCAUCUACACCCAUCAGCGCUGGACCUUCUACAAGUACGAUGUGGAGCUGCAUAUGAGCGAAGCAGGCACCGAACGCUGGACCUACGCCGUGACCUCUCAUCUGGGCUGCACCAGGUACGAGUUUGUAGUCGCCGGUCGUUACGAGCUAGGUUGGCGAUUCCUCGCCCAUUCCAACAACGAUUUCGCCGCCACGACAUCGCAGAAUGAGCGGGCGAAGCUGGGCGGCGUGGGCUUCAUGUGGAAAGACGUGCUCCAGAAGAAUAUCGACUGCGGAGGCUUCCACGUGCAGCUGGGCCUGGGCAACCAGAUCUACGGCGACAGGCUGUGGAAGGACGUGCCUCUACUGCGACAAUGGCUCGCCAUGAGCGGUAAGGAGAACCGCAAAAAGGCGCCAUGGACGGCGCGGCAUGAGGAGGAUGCCACCCACGCGUAUUUUCAUUAUUAUACUAGUCAUCUUGACCAGCCAUAUCUGCGUGAGGCGUUCGCUCAGAUUCCCCACGUUUUGCAGCUCGAUGACCACGACAUAUUUGACGGGUUUGGCUCCUACCCAGACUACAUGCAGGAGUCUCAGGUGUUCAAGAACGUCGGUCGCAUCGCCAUCCAGAUGUACCUGUUAUUCCAGCACCACACCACCAUCGAUAUUCUCCGCAACGUCAGCAACGACCUCGACCUCUUCACCAUCACGGGCCAAGGGUGGCACUUUGUCAAGUACCUCGGUCCUGCCGUCGUCGUCGUCGGACCCGACUGCCGCUCCGAGCGGAACCAAGGUCGUGUCAUGGCCGGCCCGACGUACCAGGGCAUCUUCCCCAAAGUGGCCACGCUGCCGCCGAGCGUGCAGCACUGCAUCUGGAUGGUCUCGGUCCCUGUCGUCUACCCGCGCCUUGAGGCCAUGGAGAGCCUGGCGACGGCGGUCACGACGGGUAAGAAGGUGGUCAACACGGGCUACAACGUACUCGGCAAGGUGACGAGCUCGGUCGCUGGGAUCGUCGGUGGCAAGGAGGUGGUCGCGCAGGGUUUCAGCCAGGUCAAGAAGGCGGUCGGCAAAGGUGGCCUCAUGGGCAACGUGCUGAACCAGUUUGGCGACAUUGAUUUGGCCGAGGUCUUCAAGGACAUGUGGACGCACGACUCGAAAGACCUUGAGAGGACCUAUUUCAUCCGGACAUUGCAAGGCAUUGCCCAGCAGAAGGGCGUGCGUAUGACAUUCUUGUCAGGAGACGUCAACACGGCCGGCGCCGGUCUCGUCCACGACCCUUCGCACCCCAGCGACCACAAGACGAUGUACCAGAUCAUCACGUCGCCCAUCGUAGCCCAGCCGGCGAACAGCUACAUGCUCAAGCUCCUCCACAACAACAAGCUCCUAUACGUGCCGCAAAACGGCCAAAAGUCCACACACGAGGCGUCUGACACGAAGGAAGACAUGAUGGAGAUCUUCCACACCGACGCGUCGGGGGCGGCGCGCGAGCUGAAGAAGCUCAUGGCGCGCCGCAACUAUAUCGCCGGCGUCAUGUACGAUCCGGAAGCCGUCCAGCAGGCCGCUUCUGCUACGUACUCGUCCAACGGGUCGGUCAUCAAUGGCGGGCAGCAGGGCUUGACGAAGCUAAGCUUGGCUAUCGAUUUUGUCGUGCAGGGUGAUGGAGCCUUUACGGCGCCGACCAAGUACGGACCUGUCAUCGUCCCGCAUUUGGAGUACGGUCGUUAA